AUGGAGACCAAGACGGACGUGCUUGAGGACAUCAAGCUGGCGCUGCCCCCAAGCGCCCGAGUGGCCGACCUGCAGAAGGAGAUUGAGAAGAAGCUGGGCUGGGAACCCACCGACAAACUAGAGAGGCUGGAGGGUUUCAAGGACCCCUGGGAGACGACAGUGUUCAAGGGUCGGCUGAUGCUGCCGGAGCAUACCCUGGAGGAAUGCGGCGUUCCCUCCGGCGCCCAGCUCAUCUCCGUGCGUCGUGUUCUCGUCCCCGAAGGCUGGAGGAUCAUCAAAGAGGGAGAGGAGGAUGGCUUCACUUCCAGUGAUGAGGACUGGUAA